CGAGUUGUUUUGCAAGGCUUAUUCAACGUUUCCCUUGCCAAUAAACCAUCUCCCCCGCCUUUAAAUGACAGGGUUGGGGACUGGAAAGAGCAGCAAAACUUGCCGACAAGGCAGAGACAAAGGGGGGUCUGGGUGCCAGCUCCUCGCCGAGGCUCAGUUAACCUCUUCCCUGGUGGGGACACAACUUCCAGGCACCAGGAAUCCAGCCCCCCCACCCCUUUGCAAGGCAAGAAGGAGGGGAGUAAGGAGUUAGCUCAGAAAUAUUUCCCUUUAAAGACUUCCAGCAGUCAGGGACCCCACACUCUCUUGCUGAGAAAAGAAAAAAAAGAAAAGCGUUGGGUUUUUUCCAUGACAUGGGGGAAAAAGGAAAAAAAAAAAAGAAAAUAAUAUGGAGAAGGGGGUUGGUUUGAGGUUGGAAAAGCGUGCUGAAAAUCCCAACAACUCCGUGGUUGAGGGGAAUCGCAGCUGAGGCUGGUGGUGGAAGGGCUGGAGAAACGGGGUGAAAUCUGAACCUCCAGCUCCCACUUUUCAUCCCUGAACCCCCAGGAAACAAAAUCCUGGGGGGUGGGUGGUGUUUCAUCAAGGAUCAAAAAGUGGUAUUUUCUAAGCAGGGGAAGGAAAGGGUUUAGGGGGAAGUUCCCCGCUCACGUAGGUACUCAAAGGCUCCGUUUUUGGAGAGGAAAUGCCUUCCUUAGAUUAGGGGCUAUUUCAAAUAGCCUUUUCCAGCUGCAGUGCUAGGGAUAAUCGCAUGGAUGCUCCGCUCUUCUGCCGCUUCCUCCCAGUACUUGGCAAGAAAAAGCAGAUCCCCUUCUUGGCUGGACCCGUCCGGUUCAUUCCCCCUCUGUCUCCCUUCCCAGGAGGAAGGAUGAGGUUCCUUCUCUGCUGCUUGGGGCUGGCGGCGCUCCUGGGGCCCUGCCUGGCCUGUCCCAGCCCCUGCUCCUGCUCCACCAAGAAGAACGGGAGGCUGUUGGCUGAGUGCGCCUACAAGGAUCUGCAGGAGGUACCCGAGGGGUUGUCCUCCAACGUGACCAUCCUCACCUUGUCGGCCAACAGGAUCGGCUGGUUGGGGCAGGGCUCCUUCGCCGAGGUGCCCGAAGUGCAGUCGCUGUGGUUGGGCUACAACCAGAUCGGGGUGGUGGAACCGGGGGCUUUCGCCUUGUUGGUGCACCUGAAGAACCUGGACCUGAGCCACAACAAGAUAGCGGAUUUCCCCUGGCAGGACCUCCGUAACCUCAGCGGGCUGCAGAUCCUGAAGAUGAACAACAACCGCCUGGCCGGGCUGCCCUGGGACGCUUUCCGCUUCUUGAAGGACCUGCGCUCCCUCUGGCUCAACGACAACGAGUUGACCACCUUGGCCGAGGGCACCUUUGACAACCUGCCCUCCCUGUCCCAGCUGCAGAUCUUCAACAACCCCUUCAACUGCUCCUGCAAGGUCUUCUGGCUGAAGAAGUGGACUGAGAAGACCUCCGUCUCCAUCACCAAGGGCGGGUCUACCCUGUGUGUGGCUCCCAGCAGGCUGAAGGGCAGGGCGGUGACGGACAUCCCCGACCACCACUGCAUUGCCCCCUCCGUGCAGCUCACCUACCUCUCCAACCUGGACAACACCGUCAUGUACGAUGGCCUCACCCUGACCCUGCACUGCAGCGUGGCGGGCAGCCCUCCGCCGGAGAUCAGGUGGAAGAUCCAGACCUCCAGCCGCCGCGUGGAGAUCAACGGGCCCAACGUGGCGCGGGAUGGAAACGUCAAGCAGAGCCAAGAGCGCUUCUUGGUCUUCAAGAACGGCACCAUGGCCAUCCCCAACUUCCGCAAGGAGGAUGAAGGCAUCUACACCUGCCUUGCUGUUAACGACGUGGGCAUGCGGGAUGUCUCGGUCAACGUGGCCUUGGCUGGGUCGGAGAAUCCAGCUGAAGACCUGCUCCAAGAUGACCCCCAAGCCAGCCACCUCGGGGGUCGGAGCUGCUACAAGGGGGAUGAAAUGGAUCCCUCUGGUGCUGGAGAAAAGCUGGUGAUCGUUUACCACAUGCCGAGGGAGUCAAAGAGCAGGUCUGGAGGAGUGGUGCCCCAGGUCCACCUGGGGACCCUCCUGCUGGCUUUGGGCAUCGUGCUCCGCUGCAUCCAAAUCUGCCACCUUCUGACUUACCUCCCUCUGAGACCAAAGUGCGGCUGCAGGAUUAAAGUCCACCCUCAACAGGGUGACCAUCACCCACCCCUGAGCCCACCACCAGCUGCUGCAACCCCCAGCUCUGCUGUUUUGUCACCGGGAAGGAGAGGGGGUGGGAGCCCUGAGAGCCCCCCCUGUGUCCCUUGGCAGGGGGAGAUGGCCCCGCUGUUGUCCCUGUGGCUGGUGGCCCUGGUGAGCCUGGCCCGGGCGUGCCCCGAGCCCUGCGCCUGCGUGGACAAGUACGCCCACCAGUUCGCCGACUGCGCCUACAAAGAUCUCCAGGUGGUGCCCACCGGGUUGCCUUCCAACGUGACCACCCUCAGCCUCUCGGCCAACAAGAUCACCUCGUUGCAACGGCGUUCCUUCGUGGAGGUGACCCAGGUCACCUCCCUCUGGUUGGCGCACAACGAGAUCCGCUCCAUCGAACCCGGUACCUUCGCCAUCCUGGUGCAGCUGAAAAACCUCGACAUCAGCCACAACCAGAUCGUGGACUUCCCUUGGCAGGACCUCUACAACCUCAGCGCUCUCCAGCUGCUCAAGAUGAACAAUAACCACAUGGCUCUGGUGCCUCAGGGGGCUUUCCACACCCUGAAGGACCUCCGGUCCUUACGCAUCAACAACAACAAGUUCACCAGCCUCGCCGAGGGGAUCUUCGACUCGCUCAGUUCCCUCUCCCACCUGCAGAUCUACAACAACCCCUUCGAGUGCUCCUGCAAGCUCCAGUGGUUGAAGAAGUGGAUGGACAGCACGCUCAUCUCCAUCCCUGAGAAGGAUUCCAUCACUUGUGCCCUCCCGGAGCAGCUCCGAGGAGUGCCGGUGGGCAAGAUCCCAGACGUGCAGUGCACCUCGCCCACCGUACAGCUCACCUAUUACCCCAACCUGGACACCACAGAGCUCUUUGAUGGCUUCACCCUGACGCUGCACUGCGCCGUGACGGGCACCCCACCACCCGAAGUGAGCUGGAAGAUCCGCACCUCCAGCCAAACUCUGGAGCUCAACGGCAACCCGAAGGAGAGCGCUGGGAAGGACCUCCCCAAACAGGACCCCGAGCGCUUCUUGGUCUUCAAGAAUGGCACGUUGCUGAUUCCCCACCUGAGCAAGCGGGAAGAAGGCACCUACACCUGCCUGGCCACCAACGAAAUGGGGAGCAACCAGACCUCGGUCAACGUGGCGGUGGCGGGCACCCAGAAAUACCCACUGCAGCCCAAGAGGGAC